AUGUCUGAUCUUCGUUUAGCCAGACUCUACGCAUAUGUAGAGGCUCUGAGAUAUACUGAAGGAUUGCCUCGAGUGAGGACGUCCGAGGCAUGCAGGUCGCUUCUCUACUACACUGCCAUGACCCCUGAUCCCAUGCUACCGGUUUCCAAAAAGAACAACAACCGAUCAGGCUCUCACAGUGCCCAUGAUGUGCAGCAGAUGGGUUUCCAAAACCCAUAUGUCAUGACAGCUCGUUCACAUGGCGGUAGCAAAGACAGCGUUUGUAAUAUAUCUUGA